UGUGUAUACACAGGCGUGGCUUCUUUGUUAGUAUCCUUCCUGGUUGGUCUGUUCUACAACAUGAUCCUGGCUUGGGUCCUCUGGUACUUCUUCCACUCCUUUCAAAGUCCACUUCCCUGGAGGGACUGCCCAGUAAACUUGAACCAUACCGGCUAUGUAAGUGAAUGUGAAAAGAGCUCACCAGUGAACUAUUUUUGGUAUCAUGAAACACUGAACAUAACACCAAACAUCGAGACCAGCGGGUCCUUACAGUGGUGGCUUGUGUUGUGUCUUGCAUCUGCUUGGUGCCUCGUGUAUAUCUGCUUCAUACGUGGAAUUGAGACUAUAGGAAAGGCUAUUUAUGUCACAGCCACCUUUCCAUAUCUUGUCUUAACUAUCUUCCUGGUCAGAGCCUUGACUCUGCCUGGAGCAAGUGAUGGCUUAAUAUAUCUCUUCACUCCAGAUUGGGAAACCUUGAAAAAUCCUAAGGUCUGGUUGGAUGCUGCUACUCAGAUCUUUUUCUCUUUGUCUUUGGCCUUUGGAGGACUUAUUGCUUUUUCUAGUUAUAAUCCCCAGAAAAAUAAUUGUGAGAGAGAUGCCCUAAUUGUUGGAUGUGUGAACAGUUUUACAUCAAUAUAUGCGUCAAUUCCUAUUUUUGCAAUUCUUGGAUUCAAAGCAAAUGAAAACUACAAUGACUGCCGAAAUUGGAACAUACUGACAUUGACAAAUGCAUUUGACAUUGGCGAUGAAAACAUAACACUUAAAAACUACGAUGACUGGUUCAACUAUCUCAAUAGAACUGAUCCCAUGAAGGUUGAAAACCUCAAUCUAAAGACCUGCAAUCUACAGACUUUCCUGGACCAGAGUGCCUCUGGAACUGGACUGGCCUUUAUUGUGUUCACUGAGGCGGUGAUAAAAAUGCCAGGCUCUCAGGUGUGGUCAGUGCUCUUCUUUGUCAUGCUCUUCAGCCUGGGCCUGUCCUCCAUGUUUGGAAAUCUAGAGGGGGUCCUCACUCCUCUACUGGAUCUGCACAUGGUUCCACCCUGGAUGCCUAAGGAGAUAUUCACAGGGUUAAUAUGUCUCACCUCCUUUACUGUGGCCCUCAUCUUUACUCUGGGCUCUGGAAACUACUGGCUAGAGAUAUUCAACAGCUAUGUGGGAUCCAUGCCUCUGCUCAUCAUAGCAUUCUUUGAGAUCAUGAGUGUGGUAUACAUCUAUGGAAUAAAUAGGUUUAAUGACGAUGUUGAAUGGAUGACGGGUCGGAGGCCGAACAUGUACUGGCAGGUCACUUGGCGCUUUAUCAGCCCUUUCAUGCUUCUUGUGGUUUUUCUGGCAUACAUUGUGAUUGAGGCUGAAAAACGACCGACAUACAACGCUUGGAAUCCAGAUUAUGUGCACUUCCCGCUUGCUGAUGUUCUGCACUACCCUGAAUGGGUUUUCGUUAUCUGUGUGCUCUUAUCUGUCCUUCCUGUUGUCUCCAUUCCUCUUGUGGCUCUCUACAAAUUCACGGGCUUCCUGAAGAAGCGCAUCAUGAACAGGCACAAUCAAAACCCAUAUGCAAACGAAUUCUGAAAUGGAGAUUUGUAAAUGAUAAUUUUAAUCUGUUUUAUCAGACUGGUGGUGACGACUACAAGUACAUGUGAGAGAUUUUGUCAUUUAAUAACGUCUUAUUGUCUGUAUUUUCCUUUUGGAACAGAAAGACAAACACUGAAUCUUUUCAUGUGUUUUUUUUCUGUAUUUUGUAUUAUACAGCAUUGCAUUUUUCUAAUUACGUUACAGCUUUAAUGACAUUAUCACUGGUACAGUAUUGGCAGUAACAGCUGUAAUAUAAGAAUAUUUGUACAGUUAAAAUGCAUACAUUUUGUCUUAAUUUACACAAGUGUAUUUAUUUUGGUGGAGGAAAUGCAAACUCUGUCAGCCAGAUCAAAUCCAUAGAAACAUAUUAACUAGAGAAUACCACAGACAGGAAGUCAAUAUCAGGUUUGUGUUGAUAUGUGAUUAAAGGAAGACAACAAUUAAUUUCCUGUGUUGUUGUUUUGAAUGGGAACAAACGCAGAAUGAUGGAUCACUUCGCUGAAUUGUUUGCGAUAAGCGCAUUAUUAAUUCUCAAAAAAAAUAUCACAAUUCAUUUCAGUACACAUGAACAAGCAAUGCUGCACAAGUUAAUAUUUGUAGCGCUGUAUUUUUUGUAUGAUCUGUUAACAUCAUCUGUCAUUCCUUAAUAUUAUGCAUCGUCCUGUAAAUCACAUUCUUAUCUGUCUAACGAACACAUUGUGUUUAGUGAUGUAGUAUAGUUAUGUUUUCUACCCUCUUUUACCUGCAGAUGUUAAUAGUGAAAUGUGUUGCAUGAUGUAUCCUUUAUGUAACUUUUUUGCAUGUCAACAGUGCAUGUGGGAGUACGAGAGAGGGAAAGAGAGAGAGAGAGAGAGAGAGAGAGAGAGAGAGAGAGAGAGACAGAGAGAGAGAGAGAGACAGAGAGAGAGAGAGAGAGUAUUAGGACUGCGCUUGUGUGCGUGAUGGUGCAUGUAUGUGCUCACUGACCAUGCGCAUGUGCGUAUUUUGAGUCAUACGAGUUACACAGUUGUGCUUUUUGUGGUGUGGGUGGACAGUGAUAUUGUCCUCCCUGUGUCACGUGCUUUGGAAUAUGCUGGCUGCCUUUGUUGUCUCUCUGCCUGUUCUGCUUUUCUGGCACUUUCAUACAAUGGUGCACUUGAACACUGUGAUGUUAUUAAGCCUUUCAAACUACUACAGCUUGAAUUCCAGCUCUCAGGAAAGACAAGCAACCCAAUGUAGGAUACAUGGCACAAGAUACAUCAUCAAGGAACAAGAGAAAGGAUUGAGUGUAACACCAGAACAAAGGUGACUGACCCUGUUUUGACUUUAAUUAUUGUCAGUUUAAGACUGCAUUUAUAGAGCUAUGCAAGGUGUCAUGCUAAUGCUAUUUUCGCCACUGCCAUAUAUGAAUGACUUAACGAAAUCUUAUUGUAUGCUUUUUCUGUUUGUUUUCUGGUUCACAAUUUGACUUACCGAGCUAUGGGAGCCAUUAUUUAUGUGUCUUGUAUAUUUAAAAACCAAAUGUGAUGUGACUGAUGUGAAGGAAAUAAAACAUGGAGUACUUAAAAGAGUAGUGUUGCAACAUGCUUAAAAGGUUACAGCAGUUUGUUUAAUCUAAAAACUUUUAC